CUGUACACCAAGAGAGAAGGUCACAGACCUUUUCCAUACACAAAAUCCGUCUCCGGCCUUUCGGCUUGCAUUGGUCAAUUUAGCGAUGUCGAAACGUGCAGUAGAGGAGGAUUAUGAAACUUCAAGAAAGAAUGGCCCUAGCGCCAAUCAUUCUUCAGAGGACGCUGUUGAUGCCGAUAUGGGCGAGUUUGAGGAUGCUUGGGAUGAUGAAGUUGAAAGUGAAGAGGAGGAAUAUAUGGAAGCUGACGGAGCGGAUGAGGAGGAGCACGGCCAAGAAGACAUUAUUCCUGAGGAGCAACAGGAGGUUUGGCUGCCUGGUGGAGAAAUAAAAGAAAAUGAAAAUCUGGUCGUCGACCAGAGUGCAUACGAAAUGCUUCACAACAUUCAAGUUAGAUGGCCUUUCCUUAGCAUUGAUGUGAUUCCCGAUGAAUUCGGCGAGGAACGCCGUUCAUGGCCUCAUCGCAUGUACCUUGUGGGCGGUUCCCAGGCAGAAAAGACAAAGGACAACGAAAUAACAGUCAUGAAGCUUAGUCAGUUGUACAAAACACAGCACGAUGAUGACGAUAGUGAUGCUUCUGAUGAUUCUGAUAUUGAAGAAGAUCCACUGCUUGAGUUCCGUUCCCUGCCCGUCGAGGGCUCCUGCAACCGUGUCUGUGCCGCCAAGCCUUCCACAAACGAAUCACUUAUUGCUUCCUUCCAUGAAACUGGAAAGGUUCAUAUUUGGAACGUUGCUCCUCAGCUCCGUUCUAUGGAGCAAGUCGGUAUGCUUAUUCCUCCAGGUGCAAAUGAUCCUGUGUACACAGUGAACAAUCACUCCACUGAAGGCUAUGCUUUGGACUGGUCUCCGUUUGAGUCCAUGCUGCUUUCGGGAGACAAUAAGGGCGAGAUAUAUUUGACAAAGCGUGACGCUAGUGGUCAUUGGGUGACUGACAACAAGCCUUUCCAGGGUCAUGCUUCCUCCGUGGAGGACAUUCAGUGGUCUCCAACGGAACGCACAGUGUUUGCCAGCUGCAGCAGUGAUGGUACUUUCCGUAUCUGGGAUAUUCGCAACAAAAACCAUACACCUGCACUUACGGUCAAUGCUCAUCCUGGCGUUGAUAUCAAUGUGCUGAGUUGGAAUACUAAAGUACCUUAUCUUUUGGCUACCGGAGCCGACGAUGGAAUGUGGUGCGUUUGGGAUUUGCGCCAACUCAAGCAAUCUACCUCGGCUGCUACUCCCGUUGCUUCUUUCAAAUGGCAUAAGGCCCCCAUCACGUCUAUUGAGUGGCACCCCAAUGAGGAAUCAGUCAUUGCUGUUGCCGGUGCUGACGACCAGGUAUCCAUGUGGGAUUUGUCUGUCGAACUGGAUGUGGAAGAGCAGCAAGUUCGCACUUCAGAGGGUAUGGGCGCAUUGCCUCCUCAACUUAUGUUUGUUCAUAUGGGCCAGCAGCACAUCAAAGAACUGCACUGGCAUCGCCAGAUUCCUGGUGUCGUUAUUUCCACCGCCCAAUCUGGAAUUAACGUAUACAAAAGUAUUUCAUUUUAAGUUUCUUUUUGGAUCGUCAUUCAUUUUGUCUUUAAGUACUAUAUACAACAUACGGGUUUAUAGGGAUUGCACGAAUUUUAUAAUCCUGAGUAUUGAAAUCUCUCUGUAGCUGACCAUCUCGUUGAUAAUUCUGAAUUGUUCUCGCAAACAUAAAUCUCAAGAUGGACUUGUAGAAACGUUUGCAGAGCCGCGGUAAUGAUUUUACUAUAUUCUUCUGCUGCCAAUGUCGGUUCCUCCACAAGACCCCCGCUACCCCCAUUUUUUGGUGUGGUGGUUUGUCG